AUGAAUGGGCCAACUCUUCUUCCCCAACACAUCUCACAUCAACUUUGGCUUUCACUAUUCAUACAACUGUCCCUGGAGCUCAUCUUGACUCUCAGUCGGCACAAUCCAAAUAUAUCGCUCUCUUCUAACACGGACGAGGAGCCGGAACACCUCCCAUACCCAGCAAUAAAGCUCAUCAUCGCCCAGUACUGGCACUGCUCGCGCGACCCUCCAUUCUGGGGCUACCUCAUCGUCGGCACCUUUUACGACCAGCACAACAACAUCGUCUGGAGCACAGAAAUCUUUGCCUUCCAGCCCGAUCCGCGCCGUCGUCAAGAUACUCAAUCAGUCGCAUCAUCCGAGGCGGACGUCGCACCCACCGUCCAAGAGAUCAAGUAUACGCUCCAAGAUAUCCAUAUCACCAUCAUCCUCACGGCCAGCAUCUCUGGAGCCCGGCGCUCGCAGGACCCGUCCCCGGUCACUGGGUGA